CAUUCAGACAUGCUGUACUUGUGUUUCUCAUGGUGUCUUGCAGUUUUGUUUUCCUGAUGUCACAGCUGGUAAGAAUGGGGCCCAUUUAAGGGCUCUCAGUGCUUUGUCGGGCUGAGAGAAAUCUGCAACAGACCUGGACUGCAGAUAGUUACAGACAUACCAGUCCCUCUCUACAAUACCGCUAGAUUAAUGUAUAUGCAGUUUGGUACAUUUCGUAACUGAUACGGCUCCUUGCGUGUAUUAAUAUCCCUGCAACUCUUCUAAUCUUCCUAUAAUUCACAUCCUUGUGUCACUUAUUUUACUUAGACAUACUUUGUUGGCCCUCAAGAACUCCCUUGAAUGGGACCCCCUCUUCACAAGAGACGGAAGUGCUUUUGGUUUCGUUUUUCUGUUUGGGUGUCAGUGGAGUGGAUUUUUAUCAGUGAAAACCCCUCUGAACCUGGUCACAACGGACCAUGGACAUUGUCUGCUGCUGAUCCAAAACAUAGAGCUGCUUCAGGAACACUUGGACGAGUUGUGUGUGGGCCAAUAGACCAGCAGGAUGGCAGACUUUGGGCUGUAUGAGUACCAGGAGGAGGUGGUUCAGAGGGCUCUCCGGGGGGAGAACGUCAUCAUCUGGCUGCCCACCGGAGGAGGAAAGACACGGGCUGCUGUGUACGUAGCCAAAAAACAUCUGGAGAAUAACCCUGGAGCUAAGGUGGCUGUGCUGGUCAACAAGGUUCAUUUGGUUGACCAACACUACAACAACGAGUUCAAACCCUACCUGGGUCGGGACUAUAGCCUGGUGUCUAUCAGUGGGGACUGUGACCAGAAAGACUUCUUUGGCUGCGAGGUCCAGAAAUCUGACCUGGUCAUCUGUACAGCACAGAUACUGGAGAAUGCCCUGACCAACCAGGAGGAGGGAAAACAUGUCGAGCUCUCACAGUUCACUCUGCUGAUCAUUGAUGAAUGCCACCACACUCAUAAGGAGGGUGUCUACAAUAAGAUCAUGGGGCGCUACGUGGCCCAGAAGCUGAAGGGGGAGAGGCGGCUGCCGCAGAUCCUGGGCCUCACUGCCUCUCCUGGGACAGGGGGAGCCAAGAGCAUCAAAGGAGCUGUGGAGCAUGUGCUGCAGAUUUGUGCCAACCUGGACUCGGUGAUUGUGUCGUCCAAAGUGUACGCCCCUGAGCUGAAGAAAAAGGUCCCCAGACCCAGGAAAAGGUUUGACAUCGUUGACAGAAGACCUCAGGACCCAUUUGGGGAUCACCUGAAGUUCAUGAUGCAGUUUAUCCAUGACUUCAUGGCCUUAGGGCCUGACUUUCCUGUCAGGGAGUUUGGCUCGCAGGAGUACGAGGCAGACGUGGUGAUUCUGGAGAAGAAGGGUGUGACAGACAGGAACAGACUGCUGGCCCAGUGUGCUCUCCACCUGCGUCAGUACAACGACGCCCUGCUCAUCAACGACACUGUGCGCAUGGUGGAUGCCUUUAGGGUCCUUGAGUCCUACUAUAGUACCAAGACCUCCACCGCCAYGGAUGGAACCGACUUCUUCCUGCUUGGACUCUACCAGGAGAACGAGGUGGAGCUGAGGAAACUGGCAGGCGAUGCCCAGUUUGAAAACCCUAAGAUGGAGAAGCUUCAGAACACCCUGCUGGAGCAGUUUGACCAGGGUGAGCACUCCAGAGGCAUCCUGUUCUCCAAGACCCGUAAAAGCACCCACUGCUUGUAUGACUGGGUGUCCAACAACCCAGCACUGCAGCGCGCUGGUAUCAAGGCAGCCAUUCUGACUGGCGCUGGCAAUGGUAUCAAUUACAUGACCCAGAAUGAGCAGAAGGACACAAUCCGCAACUUCCGCCUGGGCUCCCUCAACCUCCUGAUCUCCACCAGCGUAGCCGAGGAGGGCCUGGACAUCCCAGAAUGCAACCUGGUGGUGCGCUAUGGGCUGCUGACCAAUGAGAUCGCACAACAGCAGGCCAGUGGCCGGGCUCGGGCGAGUGACAGCGUUUACUCUGUGGUGGCCCAGGCAGGGGGGCGGGAGGUGCGUCGGGAACUCCUCAAUGAAUGUCUGGAGGACUUGACUGGCAGGGCCAUCGGCGAAGUGCAGAGGAUGGAGCCCAGGGAGUUCCAAAUGAAGAUCACUGAUCUCCAGACAGAAGCGUUGUUGUCCAGACAGUUGGCAGAGCAGUUGAAGAUCAAGAAGAGGAGUCGUUUCAGUGCUGCUACGGUUCAGCUCUCGUGUCGAGACUGUUUUGUGCUCGUGGCCUUCGGCAAUGACAUUAAAGUCAUUGAAAACGCACACCAUGUCAACAUCAACCCGGACUUUGAGAGGUACUAUAAGACCGGUGGGCAGCCCCCGCCGAAGACUUUCGAGGACUGGGAGCCAGGCCGUGUGAUCAGCUGUGCUGCCUGUGGCAAGCAAUGGGGAAGGGAAAUGGUAUAUAAGGAGAUUGCCCUGCUGCCCAUUCUGGCCAUCGAGAACUUUGCCAUGGAGACUCCGGAGGGAAGAAAAUUAGCCAACAAGUGGAAGAAGGUUGAGUUUACAGUGGAGGAGUUUAACUUCAACACGUACUGUCGUGACAAAUUCCCUGACAUGUUCGAUUGAUACGCUGUUACACUGGAUGAAGGACUAGGACUGGGGUUUUCAUGGUGUUUCCACCUCGUACUGUUUUCACCUUUCCACUAAUCUUCUCUUCCUUUCUCUGUCAGUCUGUGUUGCUUAGUCUAGACGACCAUUGUGUUACUUAUGCAUGAUCCUGAAGUGUGUCAUAGUCCUAUUUUUGUGUUUAUUUCACCUUUAUUUAACCAGGUAGGCUAGUUGAGAACAAGUUGUCAUUUACAACUGCGACCUGGCCAAGA